UAGAACCCCGAUGCUGUGCACGUAAAAACCGGUGUCGCAUCGAUUUCUGUUAUGAUCAAGCUCUCAACUGAUACAUGCACCAGACACUACAUAAUGUCUGUAUUCACUCUCACCUUAGUACGACAUGGUGAGACAGCAGCAAACAAAAGUGGUAUAAUUCAAGGUCAGGCAAAUGUUCCACUAUCAGAAGACGGCAUUCGACAAGCGCAGCUGGUUGGUUUUCGACUACAGAAUGAAAGCUUCUCACAUAUUUAUGUGAGUGACCUAGACCGGGCACAGCAGACUGCCGAGGCCAUCAUUGAAUGUAAUCGAAUGACUAAAUGUCGCCUAGUUCAAGAUCCAAGGCUCAGAGAAAGGCAUUUUGGAAUCUACCAAGGCAUGCCAUUGCGGGAAUUCCGAGAUGCAGUCAAGAAGAGAGGAUCAGUACCAUUGGAAUUUAAACCAGAAGAGGGAGAAACAUUGGAUCAGUUACGGCAACGCUGUGUACAGUUUUUCCAGGAAUUGUGUCAGAGAAUUCGACAGCUGAAACUCCAAGAAGAUAGCAAUGACUCAAAUCACUCAAACACAAAGAGACAACUGUCUUACAGUGGAUCUCUAUGUUACGGGUGCAGCCCGGAAGGGGUGUUUUCCAUGGAUUUGUCCAAUAAAGAAAGUGCUGACUCAAAUAAAAACCAGCCAGCAGAUAAAAGAGCUGAAAGUGUGACUGAGGUUGCUGAUCAACUGUCACCGAUGGAAGAAAUUGAAUCUGAUGAAGGCCAGGCAGAGUGGUCAGGAAAGAAGGACUCUAAACCUAUGAUGAUGGAUUUACCUUCAACUGAAUCGCAAUAUUCAGACAGUUUUGAGAGUGAGCCAAGUGAGCCAAGUCAGUCACUUCCAGAGGGCACGUUUUCUCCCCCGCUUGAUGCCGAUAUGAAGAACUUGGUAUCUAGUGAAAAUGUACAUGUUGGACUUGGAUGUCCAAAUGUUUCACUCUCGCCUCUUGUGGAGCAACGGUUCACUCGUUUAUCAUCUAGUAUAAGCAGUGGACGGAAUAGUUUUGAUGAAUCUGAAUUGUUACCACCGGUGAUUGCUGAUGUUCUCCUUGUGAGUCAUGGCGGCGUUAUUCGUGAAUUCAUACGAUAUUUCAUGAAUGAGCUGGGGUGCCAAAUGCCUGGUGGGAAAAAUAUGGCGCUAAAGGUUUCACCAAAUACCGGUGUGUCGCGAUUUAUUAUCAGUAUCCCAGAUGGUCAUGAGAGACCGAAAGUGACUAGUAUAUUUAUUCAUGAUAAUGCGCAUCUGGCAAAAGAUGCUGGAGAAUUGCCACCAACGUAUGGCGUAUCUUAGCAUUAUUCUGCAGAGAGUCGAGGAGUAGUGCCCUUCUUUGUUUUCUCAACUAUUGUUUUAUUGAGUGUAUUGCUUUUUAAAAUUGGACAUUUUUACGAAAAGUUUCAAAAUAAAAACACAAUAUGGUAAUGGAGUACUGGAUACCUACAUGGGGUAGCUCUUAUUUUUCAGGUGGAUACUCCGGUGUGACAUUAAAAAAAUCUCUUAAGUCGGGGCAAAUGCUAGUCAAGAAUGAAAUUAUAGUCCUCUAUAUAAGUCUGUUGGGAGGAUAGAUUCUAACUUGUUUAGAAAGCUUUGUUGGGCAAGCUCACUUCACUCUUACUUCACUUUGUUGAUCAUGUUUUUGGCCAGUAUGAAAUAACGGGAAUUAUCAAUUUCUGAAUCUUUUAGAGUUAUGGGUAAAUAUUAUCUGUGGUACAAAUUCCUGUGUUCAGUUUAGUUAAUGAAAUGCUUAGCAAAUUCACUAAUUUGAUAAGUUCAGUCAGAAUCCCCAGAUGUCUACUUCAUAUCUAUAUAGGAACCAUUUAUAAAAGAACCAUUUGGAAAUCAACAAAUAUCUGCCCCAGAAAAAAAUUAAAAUUAUCAAUUGUGGGACAUCUGAUUUUUGACUGACCUCGUCAUUGCCAAAAGGUUUUUACAGAAUCUCAGUACAUAACAAAACACAGGCGUUUGCUUAGGUGUGGAAGAUGGGUUUAGACGUAUUUGGUCUAAAAGUUGUUGUCAGAAGCUCUGUUAGUGCUAUAUUGAUGUCCAUUUUUGAACUUCCACCUUGUCUGUAUACAUACUAGAAAUCUGCAUUACCCGGUGAACUUUGGUAUGCAAAUCUUUGUAAGGUGUACAGUUGUAAAAUUUUAAACAAUAUUUGUGUUACAUGUUCAUGGACUUGUCUGUUGGCUUUUUGAGAGGGAAACAUGUCAUCCACCAGUCCACCAUCUGGAGGAACUACUGCUCCUUCAGCAGUAAUUUGUGUACCCGUAAAUAACAUGGAAUGCGUUCGAUUACUUGUCUAGGACAUGUCCAAGUGUGGUAGUUUGCCGGAAGUCAGUAGUCGGACCUGGUCCAUCAUCGUUCGAAAAGUGGUGUUGGACAUGUCUAGGGCAUGCCCUUCUAACCCUCCUCGCUGAUGGGGUUACUUGGGCAAGUGUCCCACAAUGCAUUGCAGCAACAUGGCGUCGAUGGCGAAGAAGCUCACAUGCGUUCGUUUAGUGACUCGUAGUACGCAUGUCUUGGGAGCCCCCAGAUUGAGGUCGGACAUGUCUAGGACAAGUCAUCGAACGCACUAUAGGUCAUUUUGUUAAAGCAAGACCUACGUGUAUAUGGUCUUCAGUCAUUCGUCACCUGUUGGCCAUUAAAUGUUUUGCCAUAGUUACCCUACAUUGCCAAGUCAUCAGCUUACAAAAUAACAACUGCCAUGGUCAAUACAUGUAUCUGCUAUCUCACUGAAGAGAACAAUGUAGUUAAGAUUCGAACAUCCCCUUUACUUGAAUUCAACAUAGAGAAAAGGUUCAGCAUUUUAAAACUUCUUUGUUGAUGUUGUUAUGUCAGUUCUGGGUACAAAGCUGAUGUGGACAACUUUGUUGUCCGUUAUUAAUUAUCACUCCUUCCUUGGGCAUUGAUUAUUUUCAGGGAUUUUAUUAAUAAUUUUUUUGUGAUAUAUAUAUGUAGGAUGAAUUAUUUGCAACAGAGUUUGUGCAAUAUAUUCAAAUUUCAGGGCUACUGACUGUUGGAAAACACCAUGCUUAUUCUUUAAAGAAAGGAGGUGAGGUUGACUGAUCUUCGUUUAAUAUAGCCAUACCCUUAUCUGUUUAAUCCCUUAUCAUACCCAUGAAAUAUUCACAUGUAAAGUAAGUUUUGCAUGGAGAGGAAGGUUACUCACUAAACACUUCUUUUUUGUCCGCCAGUGACAAGAUCGAUUAUAGAAACCUGUCAUGAAACACUUUAUCAGUAUGAUGAUCCCGGAUGAUUUUGAAAUACAAGGGUCACCACAGCCUCUUUACUCGGCCCCAAGGAUAAGGCAUGGUGUUUCCUUCUGUCGGUUAUAUUUCAGUCGGGGGAGGGGGCAACACGAAAAAUAGCUUAUUAACGUGUAAUAUCAGAUAUUUUUAAUACUUGCGUGUGUUCACAUACAUGCAUACUAAAUAACUGUCAUAUGACAAGAUCACUAUUCAAAUAAGAUAAGAAGUUUUUUUCGUGUUGGCCCCGACUGUAUUUAGACUUGUUCCAAAUUUUUUUGGUAUUUUUUUCAGUGUAGUAUUGCUGAACACUGCUGUUUGACGUUGGACUUGUGACUUGAGACGAUUCUUUCCCUCUUAUCAUGAUUAUAUAAGAGUGACAACUAUGUGAUACACAUAGUUUUCUGAUAGAAUGGCGAACUGACAAUAGACACCCUGCAAGUUCUAACCAGAGGAUUCAUCGGCCAGCGCCAGCAGUGUGGCUUCUUCAUGUUCAAUCAAUAAAAAAA